CGGCGUCACCGCGGCCCGGCGCGCGCUGGGCAGGCAGGAGCGGCGGCCGCGAGCAUGGACGUGAGCAUCGCCCCGCUGCGCGCCUGGGACGACUUCUUCCCGGGCUCCGACCGCUUCGCGCGCCCGGACUUCAGGGACAUCUCGAAAUGGAACAACCGUGUGGUCAGCAACCUGCUCUACUACCAGACCAACUACCUGGUGGUGGCCGCCCUGAUGGUCUCCGUCGUGGGGUUCCUGAGCCCCUUCAACAUGAUCCUGGGAGGACUGGUGGUGGUGCUGGUGUUCACGGUCUUCGUGUGGGCGGCCCACAAUAAGGACGUCCUGCGCCGCACCAAGAAGCAGUACCCCACGGCCUUCGUGAUGGUGGUCAUGGUGGCCAGCUACUUCCUCAUCUCCAUGUUCGGGGGAGUCAUGGUCUUCGUGUUCGGGAUCACUUUCCCUCUGCUGCUGAUGUUCAUCCACGCCUCGCUGCGGCUGCGGAACCUCAAGAACAAGGUGGAGAACAAGAUGGAGGGGAUCGGUCUGAAGAGGACCCCCAUGGGCAUCGUCCUGGACGCCUUGGAACAGCAGGAGGAGAACAUCGGCAAAUUCACCGAGUUCAUCAGCAAAGUGAAGGAGUAGCCGGGAGCCAGGCUCCGGGCCGCUGCCCUGGGCCGCAGUCCCCCCGGUCCACGCCCACUUUCCUCAGUGUCUGAGCAGGAGGUGCCCGUCUUACCAGCCAGCUCUGUAUGGCAGCAUGCUCCACGGGCGUCCUCCUACCAGCCCCGACGGUACCCAGGGAGGCUCUCAGACACCAUAGAAAACCACCCUCCUGCUGGCCUCGGGGUUUCCCGAGUGUCUGUGAAAGACACCCGUGGACUCCACAGCCAGCCAGCGCAGCAGAGCGUCCAGACGGCCGGCCGACCCCGCCGCGCUAGCCUGUGUCCCCUCCCGCACCCCUCGAGAGCCCCCGGGAUGGCCCCGCGUGGGGUGCAAACUAGCUUAGUCUGUAUUGUUGUUCUUGUGAAAUCAGAGGCCAUCUCUCUCACCUGGCCACCUGUUGGGCGUGCAGUGAACGCUGGUCAAGCCAGUUCUUUCUACUUUGUUUACGAAUAUAAAGAUAGCUGUUUAGGAUAUUUUGUUAAAGUUUUGUAAAAUUUUUUUGGAAACGCUCAUCCUGUUUCUUUUCACCAGCAGGUGGUUGCUGCAAACUGAAUGUCCUCUUCCCUAAGGUGGUUACACUGGGUAGCCCGUGUCACUCUUGACAGACUUGUUAAAAGACACAAUAAAACCGAACUUGGAUUC